AGAAUGAAAUCGGACAUGUUUAAUGAAUGCCAUUUUGUAAAAUUUUAAGAAACAUACCUAUUCAGGAAAUACUUCUGACUGUGACAGCCAUCACACAAGCCCAACGAGAUUACUAUGUUGGUUAACAUAGGAGAGAGAGUAGAUUUGACCCCCACAGACAGAAACGAGACCUUGUAGUGUGUGGGAGGAGUUCUCUUGUUUCCAUGGAGACGCGUCCCUUGGCACGAAACUCGCAGUCAAAGAUUGCAGCCACAUUGUCACUGCACUCAAGAAGGCCUACUUUGUAAGUGUUUGGAAAAUGGAUUCGCAAAUCUUAUAAUUUUUUUCCAACCUAUCGAUGGUCGACCUACUUCUGAUAGUGUUUUAUUUCUUUUAAAAACGAUUACUUUUUCAACGACCGCACAUACACAAAGUAUAAUAAUGCGAGAGAGGGAAGACUGUAAACUGCUUUUGCUACCCAAGAACACUGAAACCAAAGAGAAGAGAGCGAAAAAGAAAGAGAAGAAGAAACAGACGAAUGCAUCCAAGAAAAGAGGGCAUUCAAGUACUCCUCAAAAUUCAGAUGAUACAGAGAAACCUCAGCCUCGCACUUCACAGGCCCAGGAGGCUUCACCCCCUCUAGCCACGCCCACGAGCCCCCCCCUGCCUGAAGAAUCCACUGACCAAUCGGUCACGGUCAAAGGUCGUUUGAGACAUGGGGACGGGGCCAGAAGAAGGACAAGGCUACCCAAAGAAGGGAAGACCCCAUCUGAGAUGUCAUCAGUGACGGGAGCUCCAUCUCAGGCUUGUGUGGUGGAGAUCAGUGCCCAGGUAAAGGAGAGCCUUAGGUGGGAAGGAGUUCUGGAGGAUCCCCUGGCAGAAGAGAAGAGGCUGGAGGUGUACAGGGCUAACAGGCGCCAGCGUUACCUGGUCCACAGACAGGCUCUGAUAGCAGGAGCCAAGACUCCUGUUUUAAAUCAGGACUCAAACAGAGAUAAAGAAGACCGCAAUGUUGUGACUUAGCCUUUACAGGACCAAUAGCAUAAUUAAGAAAAUAGAUAUUCAUUGUUUUACAGCUUUCUAAUUUUGUUAAAUUCAUGUGAUAAAGAAAUAAACUGCGAUA